GUGCUUCUCCUGCUGCUGAUGUGGUGUUUCCGAAAUUAGCAAGUCUGAAUUCAGAAACACUAGCUGCUUAAAACUGUGUUAGAGUUUAGUGUGUUAGAACCUUUCAGUUAAAUUAUAUCUUAAUAAAUAAAAAUGCCGUAUUAUCAGACUUGGGAGGAGUUCGCUCGUGCAGCAGAAAAACUGUAUCUGACAGAUCCCAUGAAGGUCCGAGUGGUUCUGAAAUACAGACACUGUGACGGUAACCUCUGCAUCAAAGUCACCGACAACGCGGUGUGUUUACAGUACAAGACAGACCAAGCCCAGGAUGUGAAGAAGAUUGAGAAGCUCCACGGAAAACUGAUGAGACUCAUGGUGUCCAAGGAGACGCACAGCGGUGCCAUGGAGACGGACUAACAUGCCGUGCAGACCUUUUAGAGCACCUGGACUGUUUGGUGGACACGGUGUUUGUUGAAGCACGGAGCCAUCAGCGUGAUGUGUAGUCUGACAGACGGUGGGAGUAAGGAGAGAAUGUGAGGUCGAUCCGGUUGCAUGCACUGGUCUGGUGCAACGACAUAGAUACACACUUUAUAUUUUAUUCUCUGAGGAUUCUGUUUUUCUACCUUAUCAGUCAAUAAAAUUUCAUGAUCCUUCUUUUUCAGCUUUAAUGGUAUUAUUACAGAGAAAAUUCAGUUUGGGCUGCUGAGAUGUGUAAGAAAGGGCACAGAAAAAAAGAUGAGGGUCAAAAUGUGCUGCUCUUAUUAUUUUUUUAUAAAGAUUGAUAAGACAGGCAGUGGAGGUAUUUUAUGUUCAUCUGCAUUUAAGCCCUGUAGUUUCAGUUUAUUUUUAACACGUGUGUGCCACAUAAAGCAGGAUCCUCCGUUUCCUCAACAAGGGUGAAAAUAACACUCCAGUUUCUAAUGAGAAAAUCCAGACUUCCGAAUACAGCUCCAUCCGCCAUGAUUUAAUUUUCUGUUCAAUAAAUGUUUAUUUCCCUGA